CGCGACUCACGGCGAAGGGCAGGGCGCGUGGGCGGCGCCCCAGCCGGGUUGGAGCCGAGGGGAGAGGACGCGGGAGGGGCGGGGCGGUGGCGGCCGGGACAUGGCGGACCGGAUCCCUCUGUACCCGGUGCGCAGCGCGGCGGCCGCGGCCAGCCGCAGGCGCGCGGCCUCCUUCGGCGCCGCGGGGCCCGGGCCGGGCGCCGAGCGGCCCAGCAGGUACCAGCUGGAAGAGGAGUCUGCCCAUUUGGAUGAAAUGCCACUAAUGAUGUCUGAAGAAGGCUUCGAGAAUGACGAAAGUGACUACCACACGCUACCACGAGCUAGGCUCUCGCGCAGAAAGAAGUGGUUUGUCUGUGGGGGAUGGACGUUCCUCUGUAGCAGUUGCUGUGAUUGGCUGAUGAAUAUUUGUCAAAGAAAGACAGAAUUAAAAGCUCGUACAGUGUGGCUUGGAUAUCCGGAAAAAUGUGAAGAAAAACAUCCCAGAAAUUCUAUCAAAAAUCAGAAAUACAAUGUAUUUACCUUUAUACCUGGGGUUUUAUAUGAACAAUUCAAGUUUUUCUUGAAUCUCUAUUUUCUGGUAGUAUCCUGCUCACAGUUUGUACCAGCAUUGAAAAUAGGCUAUCUCUACACCUACUGGGCUCCUCUGGGGUUUGUCUUGGCUGUUACUAUCAUGAGGGAAGCAGUUGAUGAAUUUCGGCGUUUUCAGCGAGACAAGGAAGUGAAUUCACAACUGUAUAGCAAGCUUACAGUAAGAGGUAAAGUGCAAGUUAAGAGUUCAGACAUACAAGUUGGAGACCUCAUCAUAGUGGAAAAGAAUCAAAGAAUUCCAUCGGACAUGGUAUUUCUUAGGACAUCAGAGAAAGCAGGUUCCUGUUUUGUUCGAACUGAUCAACUCGAUGGUGAGACUGACUGGAAGCUGAAGGUGGCAGUGAGCUGCACGCAGAGGCUGCCGGCCCUUGGGGACCUUUUCUCCAUCAGUGCCUACGUUUAUGCUCAGAAGCCACAACUGGAUAUUCAUAGCUUUGAAGGCACGUUUACCAGGGAGGAUAGCGAUCCACCCAUUCACGAAAGUCUCAGCAUAGAAAACACACUGUGGGCAAGCACUGUCGUUGCAUCAGGUACUGUAAUAGGUGUUGUCAUUUACACUGGAAAAGAGACUCGAAGUGUAAUGAACACAUCCAACCCCCAAAACAAGGUCGGUUUGCUGGACCUUGAACUCAAUCGGCUGACCAAAGCGCUGUUUUUGGCAUUGAUCGCCCUUUCCGUUGUCAUGGUGACCUUGCAGGGAUUCGCAGGCCCCUGGUACCGCAGUCUCUUCCGCUUUCUCCUGCUCUUCUCCUACAUCAUUCCCAUAAGUUUGCGUGUGAACCUGGACAUGGGCAAAGCCGCGUACGGCUGGAUGAUUAUGAAAGACGAGAACAUUCCCGGCACAGUGGUCCGGACCAGCACCAUCCCGGAGGAGCUGGGGCGCCUGGUGUACCUGCUGACGGACAAGACAGGAACCCUCACCCAGAACGAGAUGGUGUUCAAGCGGCUGCACCUGGGCACCGUGUCUUAUGGGACGGACACGGUGGACGAGAUCCAGGACCACCUCCUGCGUUCCUGCUCGCAGACGCAGCCUCAAGCCGGUGGAAACAGCGCCAGUUCAACCCCCCCAAGAAAAGCCCAGGCCUCGGCGCCCAAGGUCAGGAAAAGCGUGAGCAGCCGGGUCCACGAGGCCGUGAAGGCCGUCGCCCUGUGUCACAACGUGACCCCCGUGUACGAGGCCCGCGGCACGGCCGGGGAGACCGAGUUCACCGAGGCCGACCAGGACUUCAGUGACGACAGCCGCACCUACCAGGCCUCCAGCCCCGAUGAGGUGGCCCUGGUGCAGUGGACGGAGAGUGUCGGCCUCACGCUGGUCAGCAGAGACCUCACGUCCAUGCAGCUGAGGACCCCCAGCGGCCAGAUGCUGACCUACUGCAUCCUGCAGACCUUCCCCUUCACCUCGGAGAGCAAGCGGAUGGGCGUCAUCGUCCGGCCUCGCCCGCUGCAGCAGCAGCAGCGUGGCCUCCGCACGUCUGGGUUCACUUCCGUCUUCCUGCAGGACACGUCCACGGCAGAGAUCACGUUCUACAUGAAGGGCGCCGAUGUUGCCAUGUCCCCCAUCGUCCAGUACAACGACUGGCUGGAGGAGGAGGUACGAGCUGUUUUACGUUGUGCACACGUUUUCUCAGAACGCGGGGCGGUGACCAAAGCACAGUGCCCUUUCUCCGACCUGGAGGCGCUCACCGGUGUCACUGCAUGUGGAAACAUGGCCCGCGAAGGCCUGCGCACCCUCGUGGUGGCCAAGAGGGCGCUGACGGAGGAGCAGUACCAGGACUUCGAGAGCCGGUACAGCCAGGCCAAGCUGAGUAUCCACGACAGGACACUCAAGGUGGCCGCGGUGGUGGAGAGUCUGGAGCGGGAGAUGGAGCUGCUGUGCCUGACGGGGGUGGAGGACCAGCUGCAGGCGGACGUGCGGCCCACCCUGGAGAUGCUGCGCAAUGCGGGCAUCAAGAUUUGGAUGCUGACGGGUGACAAACUGGAGACGGCCACCUGCAUCGCCAAGAGCUCUCACCUGGUGUCUCGGACACAGGACACGCACAUUUUCAGGCCAGUCGCCGGCCGGGCAGACGCGCACCUGGAGCUGAACGCCUUUCGCAGGAAGCAGGACUGCGCACUGGUCAUAUCCGGGGACUCCCUGGAGGUCUGCCUCAGGUACUACGAGCGCGAGUUCGUGGAGCUGGCCUGCCAGUGCCCGGCCGUGGUCUGCUGCCGCUGCUCGCCCACCCAGAAGGCUCGCAUCGUCAAGCUGCUGCAGCGGCGCACGGGGCGCCGCACCUGCGCCAUCGGAGACGGCGGCAACGACGUGAGCAUGAUCCAGGCGGCGGACUGCGGGAUCGGCAUCGAGGGGAAGGAGGGCCGGCAGGCCUCGCUGGCGGCCGACUUCUCCGUCACGCAGUUCCGGCACGUGGGCCGCCUGCUCAUGGUGCACGGGCGCAGCAGCUACACGCGCUCGGCCGCGCUGGGCCAGUUCGUCAUGCACCGCGGCCUCAUCCUCUCCACCAUGCAGGCAGUGUUCUCCUCCGUCUUCUACUUCGCGUCGGUGCCCCUGUACCAGGGAUUCCUCAUGGUGGGGUACGCGACCGUCUACACCAUGUUCCCCGUGUUCUCCCUGGUGCUGGACCAGGAUGUGAAGCCGGAGAUGGCCAUGCUGUACCCAGAGCUGUACAAGGACCUCACCAAGGGGAGAUCGUUGUCCUUUAAGACCUUCCUCGUGUGGGUUUUAAUCAGUAUUUACCAAGGCGGCAUCCUCAUGUAUGGGGCCCUGGUGCUUUUCGAGUCUGAGUUUGUGCACGUGGUGGCCAUCUCCUUCACCGCGCUCGUCCUCACGGAGCUGCUGAUGGUGGCCCUGACCGUCAGGACGUGGCACUGGCUGAUGGUCGUGGCCGAGCUGCUCAGCCUCAGCUGCUACGUGGCCUCGCUCGCUUUUCUGAACGAAUAUUUUGACGUCGCCUUUAUCACGACCGUGACCUUCGUGUGGAAGGUGUCGGCGAUCACGGGGGUCAGCUGUCUUCCUCUCUACGUCCUGAAGUACGUGAAGCGGAAGCUGUCCCCUCCCAGCUACUCCAAGCUCUCCUCCUAGGGCCACGCGCCUGCCGUGGGAGGCCCAGCGCCGGCGGCCGUUUCCCUGGUGCAGGGUGUGCAGCCGUGGCCGCCGAGAGAGGCCGGGAGGCGGGGAGGGCCCGGGGGGCGGCCUGGGCGGGGUCCGAGCUCGGUGGCGCCUUUCCUGCCAGGGCCGGGUUUCCUUUCCUUCCCUUUUUAUUGUUUCUCAAAGUUUAAUUUCCAUAUAGAACCAGCUGGAGUUUCUGUUGAAAAUGAGCCCUAAGGAUUCCACUGCUACUGUAAAGCAGCCAUCUUUCUCUGCUGUUCUGAGAAAUAAAAGGAAAGUUUAUUUAAUUUCUGCAAUUUCCUAACAUUCAAAUUCUUUCUUUGAUGUUAUAACCUGGAAAGUCAUUCCCUCUUAAGCAGAAUAAAGUCUCGAUG